CCCCCACCCUCACCCUCGUCCCCGGCCGACCAUGGGAAUAAACGGAACCUUCCGUUCGGCGACGCCCAACCCAAUAGGGCCGACGCCUCAGCGGCCGGCCUAUAAGAUCCCACCUCCUCGACGGUCAAGUAACUCCGUCGAUACUCGAUAGGAUCGUCAUAGCUGGAGCCUGGAGAGACGAUGCUCAAUGGCGCCCUCUUCUUGCUCGUCUGCGCGGCCGCACGAGCUGCUGCUUCGGGCGGAGACGGCCCGCUGCUGAACGGGAACUUCGAGUGCGCGCCCAACAGGUCCCAGAUGAACGGCUCGAGGGUGAUGGCGGCGAACGCGAUCCCGUACUGGAAGGUCACCGGCUUCGUGGAGUACAUCGAGUCCGGCGCGAGGCAGGGCGACAUGGUCCUGACGGUGCCGGAAGGCCGGCACGCCGUGCAGCUGGGCACCGACUCCUCCAUCCGGCAGCAGCUCAGCGUGACGCGCGGCAAGUACUACUCCAUCACCUUCAGCGCCGCGCGCACCUGCGCCCAGUCCGAGAGGCUUAAGGUGUCGGUCGUCCCCGGCGACGACGUCGUGGCCGACGAGCUCCCCGUCCAGACGGUGUACACCAGCAGCGGCUGGGACUCCUACUCCUGGGCCUUCAAGGCCAAGCAGGGCGUCGUGUCGUUCAUCAUCCACCACGGGGACGACCAUGCGGAGGACCCCGCGUGCGGUCCCGUCAUCGACUGCGUCGCCAUUAGAGCGCUCAAUCCUCCUCGAGCCACCCGCAACAACAUGCUGAUAAAUGGGGACUUCGAGGAGGGGCCAUACAUCACCCCGGGCUCGCCUUGGGGGGUCCUGGUGCCGCCCAUGGACGAAGACGACACCUCGCCGCUGCCGGGCUGGAUGGUCAUGUCCUACUCCAAGGUGGUCAAGUACAUCGACUCGGCGCACUUCCGGGUGCCGCACGGCGCCCGCGCCGUGGAGCUGGUGGCCGGCGUGGAGGUCGCGCUGGUCCAGGAGGUGGCCACCGUCCCCGGCAGCUCGUGCAGGCUGCAGUUCUCGGUGGGCGACGCGGCCAACGGGUGCGUGGCGUCGCCCAUGCGCGUGCAGGUGGCCACGGCGCGCGGGAGCAAGAGCGUGCCGUACAACUCGAAGGGCACGGGCGGGUACACGCGCGACGCGCUCGACUUCACGGCGGACGGCAACACCACGCGGGUGGUGUUCUACAGCUCGGGCUACCACACCACGUCCGACGGCAGCGGCACGCUCUGCGGGCCCGUCAUCGACGACGUCUCGCUCGUCUGCAUUUCACGCCCGCAUGCUCGCCGGUUGCUCCGCUGAUGCGUUGCACGUGCUGCUAGAGUGUGAUUUUUUCGGGAGAGCGGCUGCUGGGAAGUGGAAAAUCACUCCUGUUCCUUCUUUUCGUAAGAAAUAGUCGACCCUC